AUGGUCUCCAAGGAUCAAGAGGACGCUUGUUUGAAUGUGUCUUCCUUUUCAUUGAUCUAUUUGGAUCAUUUAGUUCCAUCAUUGGGGCAGAAGCAACUCAAUUCAAAUCAACAACUCGAGAAGGCUAUCAUCUAUUUUGUAGAUACUUUAAUCCGAGCUCUUUGUUCGAGAGAAUGGAACAUGCCUUAUCAUCAAUUCAUCAACGUUCUCUCAAGUCGAGUUCUUUUUGUUAAGGAUCGACAGCAAUUUUCACUAGUUCAUUUGGCAUGUGACACGAAUCGGGUCAAUUUGCUGGAAUGGAUCCAAUUGUAUAGUAGUGACAAUCUAAGAAAUGAUAACUCUGUAAAUAGUAAUACCGUAAAUAGAAAUGUAAAUAAUACCAUGGACCAAAACUGCUUACUUUGGUCCGUUAAAGAUUCCAAUGGUUUGGAACCAUUGUUUUACGCUGUAAAUUCAGGAGCAAAAGACUGUGUAGCCUUCCUAUGCUCACAGAAAUCGGUACGAGAAGAACAAUUGAACUUACGAAGAGAUUGUUUCGGAAAUCUUCCAAUUGUUUCUGCGUUCAAGAGACGAGAUUAUGAAAUGUGUGACUUGCUUCAGCUCUUUGGAGCUCAAAUCGACCUCAGUGGAGGAUUGACAUUUGGUAUGGGAGUCCAAGAAAGCUUAAUGCAUUACGCAAUGAGAAAGAAAGACAUUCAAGCGGUGAGAUAUUUAGCUCUCCACUCUUCCAAAACUAUUCUAAAGAAAAACCACCGAGGAGAAAUUCCCUUAUUUCAUUGUUUAAAAGACAAACGAGGAAUGUUCAGAGACAGUGAGGAAGAGGUGACCACAACAAAUUUUGGUGGAAAAGGAGGAUGUGAUGGAUGUGCUGUCACCGUUCCCAGUCAUGUAUAUUUCUUGUCGACAAUUUUAGAAGAAGGUAAAACCUUGUUUGGUCAAGAACAAUUCCACAAAGCUCUCCUCUCAAAGAAUGGCUUUGGAAGAAAUAUUUUAAUGGAAAGUAUUGUCAUGAAUGAUUUAGAAGUGACACGAGUGAUUUGUAAUUUCCUGCUUUCACGUUAUGGUUUCUCUGCAGCAAGUAAUAUGCAUUUGCCAGCAGGAGGAGGUGACUCUGGGAAUCUAAACUUCCUGAAGCAAUUGAUUCAUGACAGAGAUUUGGAGGAUUCUACCAUUUUCCACAUUGCCUUUCGAUACAUUGGAUGUUAUUUGAGCAUUACCAAUAGUACCAUUCGAGAAAUUUUCAAGCUCCUUAAAGAAUUAUUUGCUGUCACUCAACCAAGCAAGCAAUCUCUAAAAGAUUUUAUGAAAAGCAAUCCAUCUAAAUAUCACAAAUUAUCAUCUGGAUCUAAAUCCAUUAGCAAGUCCAUUAAUUUAUGGAUAAAACUUGAAUAA